AUAAACCUGCAGAAGAAGAUGAGAGUCACUGGAGUUAUAACCCAAGGUGCCAAGAGGAUUGGAAGCCCAGAAUAUGUAAAAUCUUAUAAAAUUGCCUACAGUAAUGAUGGGAAGUCAUGGACAAUGUACAAAGUAAAAGGCACAAAAGAAGACAUGGUGUUCCGCGGGAACGUGGACAACAACACCCCGUACGCCAACUCCUUCACGCCGCCCAUCAAGGCCCAGUACGUCCGGCUGUACCCCCAGGUGUGCAGGAGGCACUGCACCCUCAGGAUGGAGCUGCUUGGCUGCGAGCUCACAGGUUGCUCUGAGCCCUUGGGGAUGAAAUCAGGACACAUCCAGGACUUCCAGAUCACUGCCUCCAGUGUUUUCCGCACCCUCAACAUGGACAUGUUCGCCUGGGAGCCCAGGAAAGCCCGGCUGGACAAGCAAGGCAAAGUCAAUGCCUGGACCUCAGGCCACAAUGACCAGUCACAGUGGCUGCAG